CGGACACGUUGAGAGGAGACCCUCCUGGAUAAAGUCGCGGAAGAAAGACAGUUUAAGUGUGUUUGUACGUGUCGGCAUGAUGUGUAAACUCUUUCUGUUCUUCGCUUUGCUUAUCGCCGUCCUCGAACCUCUGCUGGGGCAUCCGCUGAUCCACCCGGCAGAGAUGACCUACUCCAGGCCUGUUCUUGUAGAAGAGGAGCAGGUGGUCAGUCCAGAAGACCUGAGUUACUCGGAGCAAGCCUAUCUGUCCCAAAGCGGCGUGGGAUUCGGUUACCCGUCCCUCAUUACCGGGGACAUCAGCAGUGAUGGUCUCAGAACAGCUGGAUUUGUCCCGAGUAAAUCUGCAAAAGAAGUGUUGCUGGAAAAGCCGUUGAUGAGCCGCUUCCUGGGCAGCAGGAAGCAGUACCGCAAACGAGGAAGCAACACAGAGUGUUUCUGGAAAUACUGUGUCUGAAACAUCUCAUGCGCUUCAAUUUCAACACUCCUGCACAAACUCUGUGGGCCUGAUGCACUAAAUCUGCAAAAACGAUGUUUAUGUUUGUAGGAAAAAUAGUGGAUCAUUUAUUUGUACAUACCUGUACAAGCUUCAAGCUUUGAUGUAAAUAAAGUAAAUAUAUUUAAAAGA